GGCGUGGGAGAGUAAGGUAGAAGGUAACCUGAACAAAAGGCGGGCUGCGUAGAGGAGGAAUAGGGGACGGGUCAGCCGAGGGAACCUAGCGCUUGCUGGACGUGGAGCUGAAGCAGGCCUUCAAAGAGUGGAGUGGCAAAUUUCCUGGUUUAGUUAAAUUACAUGUGCUUUUUGUGAAUGCCUCCACUGGGCCAUUAUUGCAACUUAAAAAGCGACUUAAUGGUUGAGGAGACAACAUCAAGUGUGAGGUACCACCUGUGGAACAGCGAUUGAUGACACGUUGAAAGCUUCAUACUUUGGAGGAGGGUAGACGUACUGGCAUAAAGCAUGUUUUCAUUGCGAAGUCUGCAAGAUGACCCUCAACAUGAAAAACUACAAGGGCUAUGAGAAGAAGCCAUACUGCAAUGCACAUUAUCCAAAGCAGUCCUUCACUAUGGUGGCUGACACUCCAGAGAACCUGCGCCUUAAGCAGCAGAGUGAACUUCAGAGUCAGGUCCGCUAUAAGGAGGAAUUUGAAAAGAAUAAAGGGAAGGGCUUUAGUGUGGUGGCAGACACACCUGAAUUACAGCGAAUCAAGAAAACUCAAGAUCAAAUCAGCAAUAUAAAAUACCAUGAGGAAUUUGAGAAAAGCAAGAUGGGUGCUCCUGGAGGAGAGGGAGGUGAGCUGGAACACCGUAAUUCCCAAGAAGGUGCCAAUUACAGGAGACCAGUUGAACAGCCACCUCUGUCACAUCAGCAACCUCAUCAUGCCCAGCCAAGUAACCCUGUUUACCAUCAGCAGCCAUCACAACAACCAGCCUCUCAAUCAUAUGGCUAUAAGGAACCAGCAGCACCAGUCUCAAUACAGCGUAGUGCCCCAAGUGGAGGAGGAAAACGGUUCCGUGCAGUCUAUGAUUACAGUGCAGCCGAUGAAGAUGAGGUUUCCUUCCAGGAUGGUGAUAUUAUAAUCAAUGUGCAGCAAAUUGACGAUGGCUGGAUGUAUGGCACUGUUGAGCGGACCGGUGACACAGGCAUGCUUCCAGCUAACUAUGUGGAGGCUAUAUGAGCUCUGUUGUAGGGCUACCCUGAAAGCCAGCAGGGGAAGGGCUCUUUGGGGGUUUUGUUCCCUUAUCACUUAUUUGCUCUUUCUUGUUACCCAUCAUUUAUUAUGUUAUGAAUUUUUGACAUGGUCAUUUUUUUUUCUACCAACUUAGCCUUGAUUUGGAGGCAUACGAACUUGGGAGGGGUAUCAUGUAAUUCCCUUUCCAUCCUUUUCCUCAGCCUUCAUGGAACAUAGCACUGUGCCCUUCUCCCUCUCCCUAGAGCUGUAUUUUUUGGAACUGAUACUUAAUGAAAUAAAUCAUACUACAACUGCUAUAUGGAUUAAGAAGUAGUGUAGGAAGGCCCAAAAACUGUUGAUUUAGCUGGCGGAGAAGGAGAGGAAUGUCACACUUUCAGUAACUUUGGGAAAAUCUGAACAUUUUAUUGAAAAAGAUUAUCAUGAUGUCUACAGUGUUGACUUGCCCAUUUAUUCUAUCUAAUUUUCUUUUCCAUUUGAAAGAAAUAAAAGUAUUUUUAAAAGCAGGAGCACCUUUUGUGCACUCAAAGCAGUGAGCAUACAUGUAGUCUAUGUGGAAGACAUGGAAGCUGCAGCAGUUUCUGGUAUAAAGGUACUCUAUACAGAUGGUUGAGCGAUCCUCAACCUUUUUGGCUUUGCUGAUCGGCGGGGAGGGAAAGGGAAUGGUUAUGUGUGAGCAGUGAGCAAGUGCGUGGGCAGCCCUAUUUCCACAAGUGGCAGGCAGCGCUGAUCUGCCACUUGUGCAAGUAGAAUUGCUUGUGUGCCACUUGCCCACCACUUCCCCAGCCCAGUUCCAAAUGAACUAAGGCUUGGUAGUGGGCCGGGGGCUGGGGACCCCUGAUUUAACAAGCUUCAUUAUAAUGUUAGCAUUGCCUCUUAGAUGCCAUGACUCAGUCAGGAUGGAUCUCUAGUUUGUUCUGAUACAUGGCAUGAUUAGACAGUAAUCAGAAGAACGCUCAUGAAGAGUUGCCAGUGAAACAUUUAACCUGCAUAGUUCAAAGACAUCAAGAAAGUCCAGUUGCCUUUUUUUAAAGCAGCUUUGGGACAACUGUGAUCAUGAUAACUAAGAACCUCCAUGGAGGCCCCUUUUAAAGCCUGAGUAUCAGUUUACUCCUUCUUUUUCCAGGCUCCUGACUUCAGUUGGUAUUUAACAUGUGGAAAUAGGCAAAUUCCCCCAAGUUUCUCUGUAUCCACCCUAGCAAAAAGAGUCACAUUUUCUACAGAGGUGCUAUCUUUGGGAUCACAUUUUUAUUUUUCAUAAGUUUCUGUUCAAAGUAAAUUCUUGUAUGAGCAGUUUUUAACUAGGAUUCAAAAUCUUAGCAGCAGAUUAAGAAACGGCUCCCUGUUUGUAUGCCAUUUGAGCCAAGCAAUGUUUACAGUCUUUUCUCUUUUCUACUGUUUCUUCUGGGUAGACCUGGCCCUUGGGUAAAGUUAUCAGGUGAACAAAGUUUUUUUCACUAGAAAUAUUCCACUUUCUCCUUCUUUGCUGUCAAGCUGACAGUCUCUUUGCUGCUUGGGAUAGUAUCAUGGACCAAAAUCAAAUUUCUUAUAGAAGUUGCUAUUAAAAAAAUAUCAGGGAACUGCUACAAAACUGGAAAUUUAUGUUGCUUGGAUAAUGUAAUUGAGCAACAAAGCUGAGAAAAUUACUGAAAGUGUGAAGUUCUUAGAUUAUUCAUUCAUUCAUUGGGCAGAAACUGCUUUCUCUUAUUUUUAAAGCUCUCCCAAGACUCCCCCCUCCAGUUCAGCAAUGUACAACCUGCUCUCUGUCACAUAGUAGAAAGUAUCCUGAAGCUGAUAUUUGUAACAUUUAAAUAUGCUACAGUUAUCUGCAGUGGAAGUAAUCUGCAGGAAAUAGGUGUUUAUUAUUUUAUUUGGUAGCAAACUCUGUUGUGACCAAGAUAAGUGAAACAAUUACAAAAGGACUUUCAAGACAAUUCACUUAUUCUUUCUGGCUUUGUUCUUGUUACCUCUCCAUUGUAAAGGACCAACAUGAUAAAUUCUUACUACUUUCAAUUUUUCUGCCAUUCCAGAGCUGUUUAUAUAAUUUCUUGAUCUCUGCUUUUUCCCUUGCAUACGUUAGGCACGUAAAGGGCUGGCAUUUUCUCUGUAUUAUUUCCACUGUUUCUGGGAGUUUUUUUCCUUAACUUUCUUUGCACUACAAAGCAUAUACAGUUAAGAAUAAAAAAGCACCCAUCUCUUACAAGGGGUGCAAGCAAGGGGAUUCAUUAAGCAAAAAUUAAGAAAAACCUUUUACCUCAAUGUAUAGUUCCUCCAAAUUUAAGUAAAACGGUGUUCCAGUAUAUCAUUCUGGUCUUGUACUUCUUCAUAGUUAGCAUAUGUUUGCUGGUUUCAUUUGAGCUCCUUGCCUCAUAACAUUAAAAAACUCUUAUACAUUAUUCCAAUCAGUAUAGAAAUAGGGAUUAAAUUAUCAAGGCAUCCUUUUCUUCAUGUUGUAGAAGCACAAACAUUUUAGAAUCUUAUAUCUUAAAAAUCCUAGUUUCUUUUUUUCCCUUAAAUGCUUGCACUAGUGAAAAAGAUGUUCAAGGAAGGAAUGUCUGUUUCCUCAUACCAUAGCAUAAUUCCACGAACUCUGUUGGAGCCACUAGAAAGGCCAGUGAGAAUGGUAGCAGGCUUUCCUGUCAGAAGGCAGUUUGUAGAGGCCUGUAGGUGUCUAGGGACCACUUACCCUUAAGUGAGUUUUUAAAGGGUGCCAAGAGGAGUGACUGAUGGGGAUGAGAUCACUACAUUCUUGGUGCAGUUUUCCUGACUGAUGAGAAAUAGGCAAAAUCAUGUGGACAAUCCUGCAAAGGCUAUCUUUUCAUGAGGAAGAUACAAAGUAACAUAAUGUGAAUAAAUAUUUUUAGAGGACCAAAUAAAGUUACAAUAAAAUAACUCAUUUUUUAAAAAAAUCUCUUCUAGCUUUUUCACCCCUUCCUUGAAAUAAAUGGUUUGUUAUUGCUUGGUUUAUUUUUUUCUGCCUUCUUUGACUUAUGCACUUUUAUCUUUGUGAUUUUUUUCCAAUAUCUGAAAAGCACCUAAACCUGUAUUUAAAUAAAUAAAAUGAAAAAAAAAGAAAACAGCUAAAAUUCAUCUCUGUAGCCAUUGUUAUUCAUGUCGUGUCUUCUAUACAUCUUAGAUUUUCAAACUAGAAUUCAGUGUCUAAAUUAAUGACUUUAAUGAUUUGUUUUGAACUAUAUUUUGGGGUUUUCAUUUAUUAUCUUUGUAUAUUUCUUCGCUGUGGGCUUACACUCCCUCUCAAAAUCAUUUGGCCUUUUCCAAUGGGACCAUAAAAUCAAAUGUAGUACCAGUUCUCUUCUGGUUUAUGCCAAUUUAAAAAUAAAAAUAUAAUUUGUACCUGC